CCCGGACGCAGUACGGAGAAACUCUGCGAACACGUAGUGUCCGUUUCUCUUUGACACGAAAACUUUUCAGAGAUAUUCUCCCUUUCGAUCGUGACUUAACGAUCUCUGUUUUCCUUCAUUUUCUUGACGAUCAUCGAUAAUAAUAGUUGGUUCCAGUAACAACAAUCUAACACUCGACUUAGGGAACUUUUUACAUUACGCAUGAUCAAUGCACCAUCGAAAGAUUUCCCAAGAGAGAAAGAGAAAGAGGGAGGGAGAAAGAGAUCGGUUGAACCUUUGAAAGUGUCUGUCUCGAAAGGGUGCAUUGCAGCUAAUCAACUACUACUAAUCUUCUAGAUUUAUUGGGAUACAUUGUUAUCUUCUUUAUUCGUGAAUGGAACGCUCGAGUGACGCCACCAUAAAGUUUAACAACCGGUGGUAUGCUGUGUUGAUUUUAUUCGGACCCUUUGGACAUUUGUUUACAUCUUUAACAAAAAUGAUUAUAUUUGAACUUUCGAAGGAAACAUAAGCUCGGACUUCAUUAGAUUAUCUUCUUUUUUAAAUUUCAUUUUGAUGUGCCUCGUAUCGAUGUGGAAUUACAAAAGAGGAACUUUCAUUCUUGGAAAAUCUGGAAAAAUUCUGAUGAAUGAAUUACAUUUAGAUCGAGAUGAUACGCGUAAAUAUUGUCAUGGUGUAUGUUUUUAAUAUCUUCGAGGUUUAGUUAGUCGUGUCUUCUUUUCGGCAUCGUUGCUUGCAUGUGGGUCACAAGUUGCACACGACAAAGCUAACGGGAUAGAGGGUUCACCGAGCUGAGAAAAAAAUGUGGAGCUCGGUUACUGCAGCUGGUACAGAAAAUGGACCUGCACCACCUUCUAGAAGUAAACACAGUGCAACGUUACUCGCUGGACAUGUAUAUCUUCUUGGAGGGCGAAAUGGAAAUUUACCGCUCAAGGAUCUUUGGCGAUACAGUCUCGCCGAAAGCAAGUGGGAAGAGUUACAUCCUGGGGGAGAAAGGCCGCCGGCCCUUCAAGAACACAGUGCGGUAGCGUACAAGGACUGCCUUUACGUAUUCGGUGGAGAACUAGGCUUUUCCGCGGGCACGGAAACACCACUUUGGGUCUACAAUGUCAAGACGAAUACGUGGAGAAAGGUUCGAGCUCAACGAGGUUGCGUGGUUCCUAGAGGUCGAAGAGGUCAUACGGCCUUGGUCCAUCGAGGUCAAAUGCUAAUCUAUGGUGGUUAUCAAGACUUACGUGGUAGCUCUCCCGAAUUAUGGGCUUUCCAUUUCGAAACAGAAUCUUGGCAUCUAUUAUCAUCCAGCGAAAGUGGUCCAGCUGCGAGACACAAACACUCAGCCGUUUUACACGGAGAUGCUAUGUAUAUUUAUGGUGGUAUGACGGAUUUACAAGAGAGGAGCGAUUGUUGGCGAUGGGACGUUAAUACUGCAUCUUGGUUAAUGCUGAAGAACAAACCUGGACCAGGUCCACUUCAUGGUCAUGCUGCUUGCAGACUCCCAAGUUGCAUGUUAAUUUUUGGCGGAGAAAGUGGUGGUCUCGCAACUAACGAACUUUGGAGGUUUCAUUUUGGUACGGAAACUUGGGAGAAAUUAUCUGUACCAGGGCCAAAACCCCAACCUAGAGCAGAGAGCGUUGCCUUGGCGGUAUCCGAGUUAUUGAUUCGUGGUACCACUAGCGAUAAUCCUAAGCCAAAAUUAAAAAAUCAAAGAACUAGAUUAUGUGCUAAUAGAAUAUCACCGAACGAAGCAUCUACGAGGCCUAGUUUUCUCAAAGAAAUCUCCAAAUUGUCGCAGAUCAAUCUGUCGAGAUUGAGUCAUCCAACCAAGUGUAGUUAUUCUGUACUUAGUGGACAAGACGAUAAUGAGGAAAGUCCUCAAGAGGCGAAUACGUAUUAUCCAUUUCAGCAAGUGGACGUAGAAGCCGUAGAACCUUCAAUGGGAAUGGUAAAGUCUCGAAGUGCCAAUACCUUAGCUCGUAGAAGACAGAAACCGCCAGAAACAACGUCUAAAGCAACCGAAUCUAGCAAUAGUAACAAUAAUACUGGCAGUGGUAUGACCAGGGAUCCUAUUUCGGUGCCAAAUUUUCGAGCUUUGACGUUACCAACACCGGUACUAACACCUGUGGAGGCAGCAAGACUAGUUUUUGUUGAUCCAGACGAGUUGAGCGAUAGCGAUGAGAAAAAAGAACCACCUACUUCAAGACUGAUCGAAGUUCAAGAGGAAAGGAGAGAUUUUUCUUCCAUACAUCACACUUGUCAACCAACGCGAGGAGAAAGUUAUAGCUCUCAUCUAUAUGAGGCAGCUAUUCAAACUCCAAAGACACCAACCACAGCAAAAAUACCAACUUCAGCAUCAGUGAGAUUCGCUGACCUGGAAGAAGGCGAGGAAUCAACGUCGGAUUAUGCAAGCAUCGAAGCGAGGAGUCCGGGUGAUCCCUUAGCUGACGACGACUGGCCUUCGAAUAGAAAAUCCAAGCAAUUACGUGCUAUUGUCAGUUCGACAACGAUACGUGAGGGUCAAUUUGGUUUUUGUAAUCCAAAUUAUUUGGGUUUGGACGAGAGUAGAAAUCAUCAUCAUCAGCAUUAUCAUCAUCAUCACCACCAUCAUCACCAUCAUCAACAACAACAACAACAACAACAACAAACACAACAACAACAAGACGGAAAAUAUGCGAAGAUGUUGAACAGUCCACCCGAUAGUGUUUUGGAAGAUGAACCUGGCAGAUCAGCCUCGCAAACAUUUGCUGAACUUCUUGAACUUCAAGAGAUUAGAAGGAUUCCUAGAGCACCGCCUAAGAGUUUACCUUUAGGCUCACCCUCGAGACGAGCCGUUAGUGCCUCCAGAGCCGAAAGACAAAGGGCUAAGGUUGCUGCUAAUGAUGGAAACGACUCAGGAACACCUUCGUACGGACCUGCACCUUUAUACGUCUUUUUAGUUGGUGGUAAAGAAAAGGGUCAGGUCACCGUUUUUGCUAGACCUGUCUCCCUCUGGAAGUUGCAACUAGCACCACAUAUCUUUUAGAAAUACCUAGGGGAUCCGAUGAUCAAUUCGAUUAUCGAUCCAACGAUAAUUAUAUCUUCUUUAUUUAAUAACUUGAUUUCAUCCUUCGAUACUUUAUUUCAUUUCAUUUCUAUUUCGUUCAAUGAAAAAUCUUGGUCCUCCUGUUUUUUUCCUUUGUACAUUUGUGAAGAUAGCUCAUUCGUGUAUAUAAUGUUUUUUAACGUUCGUCAAUUAGUUCUCUUUAGCACACUUAUUGCAUAUGUUUAUUAUUAAUAAUAUAGUAUUCGAAAGAUAUAUUAAAUAUGAAAGAUUUCACGUUGUCUUUGAGAUCUUUACAUUUCUCGAACAUUUUUCAAGUUAAAAGGAAAGAAAAUAUCGAAUUCGAAGACUUUAACAAUCAAACGUAAUGUAGUAUUUAUUUAAAAAAAAAAAAAAAGAAAAAAAUUACUAACGUCAUGCCUGUAGUUGGUAACGUCUUUUAUAACGCAUUAUUAUAUCAAUACUGUGAAAAAAAAACUAUUCGAGCUUAUCUACGUCGAAUUUUUUUAGACUUUUUCUCUCGACAUUAUUUUAAUGAUGUUCGAGACGAUUUCCUUUAGCAAAGAAACGUAAAUUUUGUAGAAUUAUUUUUGGACGUACGUGUAAUGAAUAUUAUAACUUAUUGUUAAUGCAAAAUGAACGAUUUAAAAACGUGAUUGAAGCGUUUAAAAAACGCACUAUGAUCGAUAUCGAUUACAAAGAUCUAUCGCUGUUUUUGAUGACAGUAUUUUUUUGUGUCAUACUCGAAGUCAUCCGAAAGAAAUUGAUUACUAAAAAUCUUAAACGUCUGGUUUUUGAUUCUUUCGAAAUAAGAAUACUAAAUACAGAAAGAGAGAGAGAAAAAAAA